AUGGCUGACAAAGACUCGGCACUGGGGGAAUUUCUCCGUUACUUAUGCCUUUCUGUGAAAUUGUUCUUUCUCUCACAGCUUCAUUCUGACCAAGACAGAGGAGACGGCUCACUUAAGUACAUCCUUUCUGGAGAUGGAGCAGGAGACCUCUUCAUUAUCAACGAAAACACCGGAGAUAUUCAGGCCACAAGGAGACUGGACAGGGAAGAGAAGCCUGUUUAUAUUCUCCGCGCACAGGCGAUCAACAAAAGGACCGGGAGACCGGUGGAGCCGGAGUCAGAGUUCAUCAUCAAAAUCCACGACAUUAAUGACAAUGAGCCACUGUUUACAAAGGACGUUUAUAACGCCAGUGUCGCGGAAAUGUCUGAUGUAGGUACAUUCGUCGUGCAAGUCACAGCAACGGAUGCCGACGACCCCACAUAUGGGAACAGCGCUAGAGUUGUCUACAGCAUCCUCCAGGGGCAGCCAUAUUUUUCUGUCGAGUCUGAGACAGGCAUCAUCAAAACAGCUUUGUUGAACAUGGACCGAGAAAACCGGGAGCAAUACCAAGUGGUCAUCCAAGCCAAAGACAUGGGAGGACAGAUGGGCGGAUUGUCGGGAACCACCACGGUCAACAUCACACUGACCGAUGUCAACGAUAACCCACCUCGCUUCCCCCAAAGUGCUUACCAGUUCAGAAUUGCAGAGUCGGCACCGCCAGACGCGCCAGUCGGCAGGAUCAAAGCGACAGAUGCUGACGUGGGUGAAAAUGCAGAGAUGAAAUACAGCAUCACGGAAGGGGACGGCUUGGAAAUGUUUGGCGUCGUCACCGACAAGGAAACACAAGAAGGCAUCCUAACCGUCAAAAAGCCACUGGACUUUGAAAAGAGGAGACAAUUCACUCUGAAAGUGGAGGCCGCCAACCCUCACGUAGAUCCCAGAUUCGUCUAUCUCGGACCAUUCAAAGACGUCACCACGGUCCGGGUUCAGGUGGAGGAUGUCGACGAGCCUCCAGUGUUCAGCAGACCGGCGUAUGUACUGGAAGUGAAAGAAGACGUCCCAAUAAACACCGUCAUAGGAACCCUCGCUGCCCGGGACCCAGACGCUGCGAAGAAUCCUAUCAAGUAUUCCGUCGAUCGCCAUACCGAUAUGGAUAGAAUAUUCAACAUUGAUUCUGGAAAUGGUUCGAUAUUUACUUCCAAGACUCUUGACCGGGAAACAUUGUUGUGGCACAACAUUACCGUAAUAGCUUCUGAAAUCAACAAUCCAAAGGAAAGCAGCCGCGUUCCGGUGUAUAUUAAAGUCCUAGAUGUGAAUGACAACGCCCCAGAAUUUGCCAUGUUCUACGAGACCUUUGUCUGUGAAAAUGCAAAGGCUGAACAGCUUAUACAGACCCUAAGUGCAAUCGACAAGGAUGACUCUUUCGGCGGGCACAAAUUUUCGUUCUCUCUGGCUCCCGAAGUGGCCGGUAGCUCCAACUUCACCAUUCAAGACAAUAGAGCAGGAAUCUUCACCAGGAAGAUCAGGUACAGCAGACACGAAAUGAGCAUGUACCUCCUGCCUGUGGUGAUAUCAGACAACGACUUCCCGAUUCAGAGCAGUACGGAGACAGUGACCAUUCGAGUGUGUGCCUGCGACCACCGAGGCAAGAUGCUCUCUUGUAAUGCUGAGGCGCUGAUCCACCCCACCGGCCUCAGCACAGGCGCCCUGAUCGCCAUUCUUCUCUGCAUCAUUAUUUUGCUAGUUACAGUGGUGCUGUUUGCGGCGCUAAGGCGACAGCGGAAGAAAGAGCCUUUGAUCAUUUCCAAAGAAGACAUCCGAGACAACAUUGUCAGCUACAAUGACGAAGGGGGCGGAGAAGAAGACACCCAAGCGUUUGAUAUUGGCACGCUACGGAACCCUGAAGCCAUAGAAGACAAUAAAUUGCGCCGAGACAUUGUGCCGGAAGCGCUUUUUGUGCCACGCCGGACUCCAGUGGUACGAGACAACACUGAUGUCAGAGAUUUCAUUAGCCAAAGGUUAAAGGAAAACGACACAGAUCCCACAGCGCCCCCUUAUGACUCAUUAGCGACUUAUGCGUAUGAAGGCAAUGGCUCCGUGGCUGAGUCCCUCAGCUCUUUGGAGUCAGUGACGACCGAUGGAGAUCAGGACUACGAUUACCUCAGUGACUGGGGACCUCGAUUUAAAAAGCUGGCCGAUAUGUACGGCGGAGCAGACAGCGAUAAAGACUCUUAA